AUGAUCUUCGAUCGCAAGGAAAAGCCUGAGGAGGCCACCGAGGCGCCCCCGUACACCCAAGCAACCCCGACCCAGCCAGGCCCCGCAUUCCGCACCACCUUCGCCUGCAUGUCCAUGAACUCGACUGACCUUCUCCGCCUGAUCCAAUUCCCACCAGAACCCGCGCGCAUAGUGCGAAACGCCAUAACGCAGAGCUGGCCUCGUGGCAUCAAAGAGGAGCGAGACUACCACGGCGCGCAUGAAUUCAAGCUCAAAGGGAAUCCGUGGUCGGGCCAAGGCAGCGAAGCCGUUCCUUCCCGCAUCUUCAUGUGUCAAAUUCUCGCUGACCUAUACAACGCCGGCUGGGUCCUAUUCGCGAGCACCGAUAUCAGCAAGAAUGGUAUGGACAAAGACUCGUGCUUGUUCCGGUACCAGCAGCCGGCACCGCCUCCGUGCUCCUGGAUGUCCAUCUCAUUCAACCGGGGAGAUAGACUGAGGCUGAUCGGUGCCCCCCAAGAGAUAAUUGCUCCCUUUGGGCGCGUUAUGGGGUCGCUGCUACAAAAAGAAGGACUCAUCGAGCAUGGCGCAUAUGAAUUCAAAUGCAAGGGCUGGCCUUGGUAUGCGAUGGGCGGGGACACCGUAGCUACUCGCAUACUCCUGCUCCGUAUGCUCGAGCUCCUGGAGAGCUUCGGCUUCAGUCUCUACGCUUCGAUUGACCAAAGCAUUGGAGUAAGUCAGUAUCAUUGCUCUACCGAAUACUUCGCUGAGCAUCCCGCGUUGACGUUCAGGUUGGUGGAGAUGGGACGACCAGCGAGACGGACACCUGGUACUGCUGCAGGCAGCUCAGCUGGACGCCUGGUGCCCCCGUUUUCCACUGAGAUGACGGCCGCCGUCGACCUCGGCGUGCAGUCGUAG